AUGGAAUAUGAAGAUUGCAGAAAGAGAGUACAAAAGCAAUUGAUGUUGCCUUCUAUUAGUGAAGUUGAAAAGUUUUUAUCGGAAGUGGAGGAAACAGGGGAGAAAGAAAUAUCUCAUUUACGACCUCUUGGAAUGACCGUGUGGCACGAAUGCACCCAAGAACUCACAUCAAAAGAUAUCAGAAAUGCUUUUCUUGCUGAUCAAAAAGAAAUGACCGUUCAUUGGCAAAAAGCUUUUGAAGAUUUGUUCAUGCUUUCUACAGAGCUGGAGAAAGUAAGAACCAAUUAUUAUCUGACGAGAUCCAAGCUAGAGAAGGAAGUCUUUUGGAUGGAGAAGGACUACAAGGAAAAUAUGCCGAAAGUUACCAAAAUGAAGCGGGAACUCACCGAUCAAGUAAGCAAAAGGAAUCGGCUCAAGAAAGAACUCCGCUACCUCAAGAACCAAUACGAUCUGGAAAAAAAUGAACAAAUGAAAACUCAACUGAAGCUGUACGAGAGGAUUACGAGGACAAGGCAAGCUAAUAAAUUGGCUCAUGACAAUGCUGUGAAAAAAUGUCAAAACGUGAUGAAGAUGAAAAAAUUGGAAGUCGAAGAACUUUUAAACGAGCUUAUUGACAGCGAUAAGUUAAUUCACAAAGAUAUUUUGAAUGUGAAGUGGGAAGCUCCUGAUACAUCAUUUUGGGAAAACAAGGAGCUGAUGAAAGAUAUAUCUUCUGAUAAUCUCACCUUUCCUCAAAAGUUUCCCUCAGAAGUUCGAAGUGAGGAGAAGAGAGCCAAAGCAGGGCAAGUUGAGAGAAAGGGUAGUGAAAUAAGAAUAAUCCAAGAUGAUGAAUUUGCGGAGUCAUACAGAUUGCUUGUGUCCAAUGGUGAAUUUGAAGCGGUGCUGAAUGAGAUCGCUACUGAAUUGGGAUACAUGUUGGAUUUCAAAUGGGUGAACUAUGUGAAAGAAACUUUGAGUCUGAAUCAUGAUGUGAAAUGGGUAGAAAUGUUUAAAGUCUUCAGAAUUAGUUUUGUGGAAGAUCUCAAAGAGUUAAAGGAUCAUAUGACAAGUUACUGCAAACGGGACGAGAAUGGCGAAUUAGCUUUCAACUCGCAAGGAGCUUUGGAUGGAUUUUUGCAUUUUGUGCAAUCUCGAAGUUCAUCUGAAACAUCUUUGGACGAACCUAAGUUGGUGGUGGAAGAAGAGUAUUGGAAUUCAGUGAUUAAGACCAUGCCAAAUUGUCUUCUAUGGGAGGCUGUUUCGGAAGGGCUUGAAGAAUAUAGGUGA